AUGACGAAAUUCAUCCUAAAUACUCAACAGGUGUCUUCUACACAGACUGUCAAUUCCACAGGAAUGAUCCUCAAGGGAUCACGCCACGUGAAAACUCACGGGGUCGCAGCAACACCAGAUACCACAACAACAAUUGCUACCCUUCUAAAUCCAAAUAUCAUUCCAGACACCAGUCACCAAGCUUCUCCAAAUCAUGCAUUGUCUGCAACAAAGAAGGCUAUGGGCCAAACAAACACUCAAAAGCUGAACAUGAAGAAGCCUUUCAGCACCUUCAAACCCAAAAGAAUAAGUAUAAUAAAAGAUAAAUCUAAUUUGUUGCCAAAUGUGGUCAGCCAGAAUCAGCCAUCCCCGAAUUGA